AUGCCCGUCUACGCGGCGAUCUCGCCCAAGUACAAUGCGGCGCUCUCGAUCGAAGCGCUGCACAAUGCGGGCUUGCUCACGGACACGAGCAUGAAGAUGUACACGCCGCAGACGCUCACGCGGUUGAACCGGUUCGAAGUUGUCUUUACCUUCUUCACGGUUCCCGACUCGUCCGUGUACAGCAAGGUGUUCCACCACUUUAUGGGCAUCUCGGCGCUCGUGUCGUGCGCGUCGCUCUUCCUCCGGACGCUCGACGGUCCCAACAUGGACAUUUACGAGGCCGGGAACCCCGACUACCCGAAUUUGCCCGACGAAGCCACCUAUGUGCUCCUCGACGGCAUUUUUACGUGCAUUUUCACCAUUGACUUUGUGAUCCGGAUCGUAAUCUGGCCGUCGAUGUGGGCCAACGUCGACGUGCUCAAGGAGCGCCGCUUGCUGCCGUUUGCCAAAGACAUCUUUAACUGGUUUGACGUGCUCGCACUCGUGCCCUUCUACAUUGAUCUCAUCUUUGGGAGUGGCACGAGCUUCGUCGUGCUGCGCUUGGCGCGUCUCUUGCGUAUUUUUCGCUUGGCCAAGAACAAUUCUGGCACGUACAUCCUCGUCCAAGCCAUCAUUGCCAGCGUGCCCGCCAUCACUGUUGCGUUGAUCUUCUUGACGGAAAUUGUGCUCGUCUUCUCCUGCCUCAUGUACCUCUUCAACCCGUGCACGUCCAUUGACACGUGCAUGUUUACGGACCUUCUCACGUCGGCCUACUACGUUGUGACAACGGUCUCGACGGUCGGGUACGGGGACGUGGUGCCGGCCGAUGGCAACAUGCUCGGGCGGUGCACGGCCGUCGUCAUCAUGGUCAUUGGUACACUCUUCUUGUCGAUGCCGCUGGCGAUCGUCGGCACGGAGUUCGACCGCGCGUGGCGCGACCACACGGACAAGGUCGUCGCGCGCAGCAUCGAGUCGAUGCACGCGCUCGCCGCGGGCACGAGCGAGAGCCAAAAGAAAGCCGACCACGCGCUGGAAGAGAACCCUGAAAUCCUCACCAAGUACAUGACACCCAACAGUCUCUACUUGCGCCUCGCCGCGCUCACGGGCGAAAUGACGCUGAUCGCGGCGACGCUCAGCGCCGAGCUCAAGCACGAAACAGACAUCUCCAAGAUCUACCAGACCGCGCAGGACCUCCAUGCGCACAUGAUGCAGUGCCAAGAGCAGCACGUCCAACUCGUCUUGACGAUCGAGCAAAUGGUCGCCGAAGACCACACCAACGACGCGAACAACGGCCGAGGGUCGAUCCGAGAUCGUAUUGUCGCGUCGUUUCGGCGGAGCUUGACGGGGAAAGAGCUCCAAAAACAAACGGCGUCGGCUGUCGGCGCACAUAAGACCGAGACCCGCGCGUCGCGCUUCGGGCUUCGGUGGUGCAUCUUCAUCUUUAGCAUUGGCGUGCUCUUUGUGCAGACGAUGCCUGACAUGCAACCCUUUGGCGAGAACACGGCCUACUGCAAGACGGUCGCACAGACGUACUGCGGGUAUGCGUCUUCGUUCAACGCCAGUGCGGACCCCGCGUGCUUCUCGAGCGUCAACACGAGCAUUCCACUCAACUUUGAGUGCGACGCCAAGACGUCCGACACGGCGCACUGCUACGGCGAUGGCAACAACUUUGGCAGCCUCUCGCUGAGCGCGUACAACUGCUUGUACCCCAACGUGAAUCACAACUACACGGGAGUGGGGAACAUGCUUCCGUUUCGACCAAUCUGGGAGCUCACCAAGGCAGAGCGGCCCCACUACCUCCUCUCGAUGCUGGCGCUCACGGGCCCGCGCGCGAUGAACUGGAAGAACCCAUACCAAUGGGCCGACGCGAUCGCGUUCAUUCCGUUCCUCAUCUUUGAAGCCAAUCGGUUCUUUAUGGGGAUUACGCCCGACUACGCCAUCGAAAUCCCAGCCACGUUUGUUGUGCGCGAGGCCAUUUCCAAGACGUACGUGCGCCUCGUGAUUCCGUACUUUAUGCUCGCCCUCUCGACGACGAUCUUUGCGUUCCUUAUCUACCAAGUCGAAAUGGGCACCGAGUGCUUUGUGGGAACGCCGUGCCACGACAGCGCCGGCAAACUCAUCAAGCUUCCACCGACGACCGCGCACAUGCCGACGGGAAAGCGCGUCUUGAUCGAUGUCCGCGGCCAGCUCUCGCAGUUUGAAGACGUCUUCUCUGGCAUUUGGUUUAUCAUUGUCACGAUCACGUCCGUGGGCUACGGGGACAUCGUGCCAAAGAACAUGAGUGGCAAGUUCAUUGCCGUGCUGGCCAUGAUCUUUGGCGCUUGCUACACGGCGAUGCCUCUCACGCUUGUCGGCAGUCAGUUCAACCGGAGCUACAACGACCACACGCGGCGCGAGGCACUCACGCGCACCAAGAAGGAUGUGGGAUCGCGCCUCACAUUACCGACACCCGACUUGACGAGCUGGAAGCUCUUUCGGACGCAGUCGUUUAUGGCUGAAGUGCAGUCCAUGUACGAGCGUGAGUUCAUGUCGCUCUUGCCCGAGCUCGACGAAGACCUUGUCGCACAGCUCACGCUCUCGGAGGAAGAACGUUCCGAGAAGAUUGCCAUCAUCACCAAAGUCAAGGACAAGAUCGAAAAGUACAAGAUUUCGAUUUUGCAAAGCGCUCGCGUCGUGAGCCGGUUGUACCACGAAGGCAUUCGGUUGGCCAAACAACAAACCUCGGCGCUGCAUCGGUUGGGCUAA